CUUUUUUCUAACUUGGAUAUCAACAAAAAUUAUACAUUUUUUUCAAAUGAUGGCAAUUCGUGCUUUUACAGUGUUGCUGCAUAGGAGUCCAUAGGAGCUGUCCUUGAAAUUAUAAUUGUACAAUGUAUACUUUCACUUCCAAAUUUUUAACCUAUAAGCACAAACAUGUGAGUGGCUAAGUGGACAUUUUUUUAUCUAAAGUACCGAGUUACCAUUUAAGUGGAAUAGCUCUCUUAAAAAAAAAUGAGGUAACAAAUAAAGCAGUUUCACUCCUGAACUUCGAAGAUGGCUAACAAAAUUGAAAAAGUUAAUCCUACUGUCUAUGUAGUCUUCAUAUCUCUUUUGCUAGACUUGCUGGCGUUUACUAUAAUAUUGCCAUUGUUACCAUCGUUGUUAGAUUACUACAGGGAAAAUGAUUCGUCUGGGUUGUAUUCAUGGCUCUCAAGUAAAGUCUACGGUUUUCAAAAGCUCGUUGGGGCCCCAGAAAAAUUCAAUUCCGUGCUAUUUGGCGGUUUUCUGGGCUCAAUGUUUAGCUUUUUACAGUUCGUUGCCUCUCCUAUUGUGGGAGGUAUUUCCGAUAUCGUUGGUAGAAAGCCGGUAAUGAUUUUUUGUUUGGGAGGAUUGGUACUUUCCUAUGUGGUAUGGGCUUUAGCUACCAACUUGUGGUUUUUUAUUAUUGCCCGGUUCAUUGGUGGAAUAAGUAAAGGCAAUGUCUCUCUUAGCAUGGCAAUUGUAACUGAUGUAUCAUCAAUGAAAACACGUGGAAAAGGAAUGGCACUUGUCGGUAUAGCAUUCUCCCUUGGUUUCAUUGUAGGACCAAUGAUUGGUGCUGGAUUCACCGUCUGGGCUACAAAAAGAACUGGAAACUGGUUUGUUGCACCUGCCUUGUUUUCCACCUUUCUUGCAUUAGCAGAUUUGCUAUACUUCAUGUUUUUUUUUCAAGAAUCGCUUCCAAAGGAAAAGAGAGCCAAAAAUAUAACAGCAAUACUUAGAAAUAUCAAAGUUUUAAUAUACAUGAAAGAUUUAUUCCAUUUUACCGCUGUUAGUAGCCUUAAAUCUAAAGAUAUCACGGAACUUAGAAGACUGGGAAAAGUGUAUUUUGUAUAUUUAUUUAUUUAUAGUGGCUUAGAAUUUACUUUAACAUUCCUAACACAUCACGUUUUUAAUUAUAAUGCAAUGCAACAGGGCUGGAUGUUUUUUGCCAUUGGUGUAACAAUGGCCCUACUCCAGGGAGGUUUCGUAAGGAAAAUUCCCCCCCAUAAAACGAAGGGUACUGCCAUUUUGGGAUUGUGGAUAAUAAUCCCCUCCUAUGUAUGUGUUGGUUUAGCUGUUGGACCUAUUAUGCUUUACAUUGGGCUCUUCUUAUAUGCAGUUUCCACAGCUAUGGUUGUUCCGUGUAUGACAACCUUGGCUUCAGAAUAUGGAAGUGAACAGCAGAAAGGAACCGUGAUGGGCAUUUUCAGAUCACUUGGAGCUUUGGCCAGAGCGUUAGGUCCUAUUUUUGCUAGUAUAUCAUUCUGGAGCAUAGGUUACAAAUUUACUUAUCUAAUAGGAUCUGUUUUAUUGUUAUGGCCGGUUCUGACAUUAAAAAGGUCACCGUCAGCAAAAGGAAAAUAAUGCAGGCCUGAAGACUAGCCCAUUAUUAAUUCAAAACAUAAUUUUACUAACCAGUUCAUAUUAUUGAUAAUCAAACAUCAGUAUUGUCUCACACCUUUAACAUUGAAUAAAGUUUUUAUAAAAGCUAUGAUUUUUACUAUAAAUCUAAUACGACGCUGGCAAAACUUGGCGCCCAACAAUGGGUGGUUUA